UUCUGCAAAGUAUUAAAAUGCGAGUAUCUGUCAUUCAGGAUCUCCGGGAAGAUGAAAAUGAGGAUGGGGAAGAAGAAGAAAAGGUCUUCCUCAAGCCUGUUAUUGAGGACAGAAAUAUGGAACUGGCCCGAAAAUGCAGUGAAAUAAUAAGUGAUAUACAUUAUAAAGAAGAGUUUAAAAAAUCUAAAGGCAAGUGCAUAUUUGUACCUGACACCCCACAGCUAAAACAUGUGAAAAGUCUCAGUGCCUUUAUUUCUGAGGUGAAGUAUAAAGGAGCUGCUAAGAAAGACCUUUCCAACUCUCUUUAUCAGCAGAUGCCAGCCACAAUUGACAGUGUAUUUGCAAAAGAAUUAACACAACUUCAGAGCAAGGUUCUCUAUAAACAAAAACAUGAUGCUGAGAAAGGAACUUCAGGUUAUGCACAUAUGAAGGAGCCUCCAGAUAUUAUGCAUGCCAUGGAAGUCAAUAAAUACCAGAGUGAUGUAUCCUAUAAGAAGGAUGUGCAAGAUACUCAUAGAUACACUGAAGUGCUGAACAGGCCAGACAUAAAGAUAGCAACUGAGAUAACAAAGAUAAUAAGUGAUGCUGAGUACAAGAAAGGAAGGGGAGAGAUGAAUAAGGAGCCUGCUGUACUUGGAAGACCAGAUUUUGAACAUGCUAAAGGAGUUUCAAAACUGUUAAGCCAAGUGAAAUACAAAGAGCAGUUCAGUAAGGAAAUGAAGAGCCACCAGUACAAUCCUCUUGACAGUGCUUCCUUCAAGCAAGCACAGAUUGCAUCCACCUUGGCAAGUGAUGUGAACUACAAGAAAGAUUUGGAAAGCCUACAUGAUCCAGCCUCUGAUCUACCAAACCUGCUAUAUUUAAACCAUACUUUAAAUAUCAGCAAAAUUCAUAGUGAUGUCAAGUACAAAGAGAAUUAUGAAAAAUCUAAAGGCAGAUCAAUGCUGGAGUUUGUGGAUACACCAAUGUAUCAAGUUUCAAAGGAGGCUCAAAAGAUACAAAGUGAGAAAAUGUAUCGCAAAGAUUUUGAAGAAGGGAUCAAGGGAAGACCGUCAAUGGAUUUAGACAAGACCCCGGAGUUCUUGCAUAUCAAACAAGUCACUAACCUUCUGAAAGAGAAAGAGUAUAGAAAAGAUUUGGAAGAAGGGAUGAAAGGAAAAGGAAUGACAGUGUUUGAAGAUACACCAGAUUUGAUUAGAGUGAAAAACGCAGCUCAGAUACUAAAUGAGAAACAAUACAAGAAAGACCUGGAAACUGAAAUUAAAGGGAAGGGCAUGCAAGUUGGUCCAGACACUCCUGAGAUAAGACGAGCCAAGAAAGCUUCUGAAAUUGCAAGCAUGAAAGAAUACAAGAAAGACUUGGAGAAUGAAAUUAAAGGAAAAGGAAUGGGAGUGGGCACGGAUACUCCUGAUAUACAACGAGCCAAAAAAGCUUCUGAAAUUGUAAGCCAGAAAGAAUAUAAAAAGGAUCUGGAGACUGAAAUUAUAGGAAAAGGGAUGCAAGUUGGCCCAUAUAUUCCUGAAAUACAACGGGUCAAAAGGGCUUCAGAAAUAGCAAGCCAGAAAAUGUACAAAGAUGAAGCAGAGAAGAUGCUCUGUAACUAUUCUGCUGUCCCAGACACUCCAGAGAUGGAGAGGAUAAAAAGUACUCAGAAAAACAUCAGUUCAGUGUUUUAUAAGAAGGAAGUAGGAGCUGGCACAGCUGUAAAAGAGACUCCAGAGAUUGAAAGAGUAAAGAAAAAUCAACAGAAUAUUAGUUCAAUUAAAUACAAGGAAGAAAUUCAGCAUGCAACAACUAUUUCUGAUCCACCCGAACUACGGAGAGUUAAGGAAAACCAGAAGAAUAUUAGCAAUGUUCAGUACAAAGAGCAGCUCUGCAAAGCUACGCCUGUGAGUGUCACCCCUGAGAUUGAAAGAGUCAAGAGGAAUCAAGAGAAUGUCAGCAUGGUUCACUACAGAGAGCAGCCUGGCAAAGCUACUGCUGUGAGUGUCACUCCUGAGAUAGAGAGAGUCAAGAAGAAUCAAGACAAUAUCAGCUCGGUCAAGUACAGCAGUGAUCAGAGGCAGAUGAAAGGUAGACGUAGUGUGCUUCUAGACACACCUGAGCUAAGGCAUGUCAAAGAAACACAAAACAACAUCUCAAUGGUAAAAUACCAUGAAGAUUUUGAGAAGACAAAGGGCAGGGGCUUCACCCCUGUGGUAGAUGAUCCUGUAACAGAGAGGGUGCGGAAAAACACCCAAAUUGUGAGUGAUGCAGCAUAUAAAGGUGUGCAUCCACAUAUCGUAGAAAUGGAUAGAAGACCUGGAAUAAUUGUUGAUCUUAAAGUUUGGCGCACAGAUCCUGGCUCCAUCUUCGACAUUGAUCCUCUGGAGGACAAUAUUCAGUCUAGGAGUCUGCAUAUGCUUUCUGAAAGAGCAAGCCGUUACAGUAAGCAGUAUUUACAUUCUACCAGUUUGGGAGAUUAUAAAUCAGAUGGCUCUGACACGAACCCUACCUUUUCUUACUGCAGUGAGAUAACAAGGCCAUCUGACGAAGGAGCCCCUGUUCUCCCUGGGGCAUAUCAGCAAAGCCAGUCCCAGGGAUAUGGAUACAUGCACCAGACCAGUAUGUCAUCCAUGAGGUCCAUGCAUUCACAGCCUCAUUCAGCAGGUCUGAGAACAUACAGAGCUAUGUAUGACUACAGUGCUCAAGAUGAAGAUGAAGUUUCCUUCAGGGAUGGUGAUUAUAUCAUCAAUGUGCAACCAAUUGAUGAUGGCUGGAUGUAUGGUACUGUUCAGAGAACUGGGAAAACAGGAAUGCUUCCAGCAAAUUAUAUUGAGUUUGUUAACUAAUUUUUGUGUCUAGUCCUUUGAGCUUUAUUAUGAUUUACUCAAAACCUAACCUUUUAGAAAAAGUCAGAAGAAUCUUUUAAGAGUACAUGUUCAUUACUUUAUCACUGCUGUAACAGUCUGCAUUCUCACUCAGAAUCCAAUUUAGAGUCCUUCAAAGUAAAGAUAAAUAAUCAACAAGAAGCUCAGAGCUUUGAAAACAGCAUUGCAUAUAAUAGCACUCCCUCAAAAUGAAAAACUUAUAUGGAAGCCUGGUGCUGCCAAUCCUAUAAAGGUUUUAGUCAAUUAGUUGUAAGGGGGAAAUACCUUUUCCCUACACUUCAAAGACAUUAUUUCUCUUUAUAAUAACAACCAUAAAAUCGAUUCACUUCUUAUGGCACUCUGAAGUCACAGGAGGUUAACACACUGAGUCUGAACACAUCUUCAGAUUAUUAGGGAGGUGUUUAAUGUUUGAGCAGUUAGCAUCCGAAUAAAAAUAAAAAUGCUAAGUAGAUAAUUCAAUCAUUUGAAAUAAUGACAAGUAAUAUGCUACUAAAAAAACCAAACAAAACCCCCUACUGCCCAGCAGCCUUACAGUAAACAGGUCUGUUUUGACAGCAGAAAUUUCCUGACUCUUGCACACUCACAUUUAUUCCUGGAUUACCCAUUUUCUCUUAUUUCCAACAGUGACCUCUUCUAUCAGCUUUGCUUGCAUCCCAGUCCAUCAGUUAGAUCCAUGCCUGGAUUCAUGGUUCUUUAGCAUCUUUUCCACAGAAAAAUCCUUGCAAAGACUAUCUAGAGUAUAAAACCUGUCAACUCUUCUGUUUCCUUCUAAUAAUACUUAGCAUUUAAAUAAACUUCCAUUAGGGCAAUGUACAACAAAUACUUCAUGUUAGUUCCUUUACCUUCACCUGUACUGCUGUAAAUAAAUAUCCUGUGUGAGGCCCCAGUGCUGUGCAGUCACACAAAGCCUGCAGUUACAUCCCUCCUUCUUACCACAGGUAACUCGCUUAAUGGCUGCUUUGCUGAUGAGCUAAUGUACCUACCCCUGCUUCAGAAAUACUUGCACAUCCAUUGAGGAGAGGAGGAGAGCUCUGGUUAUUGUAGUGCAUUUCAGCUCAAUGGUCUAUUGCCUCAGUUUCCUCCAGAAAUCUUGGUGAUCCAACAGUGGGUUGUACGCUUGCCAAAUGAUUAACGAUGGAGAAAUAUUAUGUUUUCUUUUACCGAUUUAAUCUUUCUCAUAACUGACACCGAAGGGAAAACUAACUAAACAGAAGUCCAGCAUACUCCAUGCCAUCAUGCUUCAGUUUAGCCAUCCAUAGAAAACAGUAAAAAUAUUUUGCUGGCAAACCUUCAGAUAUGCUAUUUGGUGUCCGUUAACUUAUGAUCAGAACUGAGAGAUCCAGGUCUUGGUCUGUGAGGCUGAGGAGAGGAUCAAAUAGCUGGUGACAUAAUGGACCUGUAAAAGGGACUGUAUCAGCAGGCUUGGGUCACAGGGAAGGUGCUUUUCCUUUGACUGGAUGCCAGGAGGGUGCCAUGUUCCUUCCCAGGGAGAAACUCUGGGAGGAAGGACAAAAGAGUUAAAGAUUCACAUGGGAACUUACUCAUGUGGAUGCAUACAUGUGCAAGGAAGAAGAUGUUUUUGCUGAUAGUAUAAUUCGUGGUGUUCAGCCAUCUGCUAGAGAAGUUAAUUUUGGAGUAGGUCUCAGAACAUUGAGCUUGCACUGGCUUUCUUCUGUUUCUGAAAUUUUUAAAGUAGAAUUAAAUAUAGAGUUUACAGACAAUUUUGUAUUUCUCGUUUCACAAAGUAAGCAAGCCUGCAAUGUCUAUUUAAAGAAUAAAGAAAGAAUGCAGUAUGGUGGUGUUAUGUCAACUGAAAGUUAUCAAUGCAAAUACCUGCUAGUUCUAUUUUUGCAUACAAUUAGGAAUUGGAAAGCUUAUGCAAUUUUUUUUAGGUGUUGCUAACAUAGGGCUGAUCCCAGCUGCCAAACAGGGUAGAAUGACUGCGUUAAAAAAAAAAAAAAAAUUAAAAAAUGACCAUGACUGUGGAAUUGCCUGUGCUUUCUUGUCAGCUGCCUAAUUUCAAGGCUAAAGCUGACCAGGAGCAUCUAACUUCAAAAAACGUGGUUUAAAACUAGGAAUGCAAUACUGUAAAUGUGCAAUCUGUAUGGGUGCUGUCAUUUAAAAUUCUUGAAAGUUUUGCAUAUAGGGCUGCUGCUGUGACAGACCCUUAUGCAUUACUGGUGACUUCCACAUUAAAUUAGCAAGCUUUGCAAGUCAAAUGGCUUUUCAAAAGGCUGUUGUGGUAAGCUGAGCUAGAAGCUCUGAAGCAAGCAGUCUGCUUCCUUGUUGGUUUUCAUCACCAGCCAUCAACAUCAAGGAGAGGAAUCCCAUCUUACGAUGGCUGGCAAAUUUUUCUGAUGAUGCCUGAGGCAGAAUUGGCUAUCCCUUGCUGCUGUGCUGCUCUAUUAGCUGUGUAAUGCUGACAACUGUAAAAACAAAUUGUCAGUUUGUUAACCAGAUAUGAAUAAAAAGAAAUAUAGGGAAUAGAUAUAUUGCAUCAAGUUGCAAUUUUUACUGACUUAUAAAAAAGAAAGUCUCCACCUAUAAAUACACUAGCAUUCUUCCUAAGUGAGGAGACAGCUUACAGUGAACACUGUAGGUAUAGUGAAGAGUAAAUCAGAAAAUGAGCAUUUGAUGACAUUAGAGAACUAUGUUAUGCUAAACAAUGGAAAUAAAAUUUCCUUUAUGAAUUUUGAAUAUUCAUUAGCCUGGCAAAGCAGCUAAAGCAAUUUGCAAAAUAAAAAAGGUCAAGAAAACAAAACAGUAUGUGAAUUGUAUUUCUCUUGAGAAUGGUAUGUCAGCAGAAUUAUUAAGAUCUGUUUUAAGUUACUUAUUCAUGUAGUCAGGUUUUUAUGUUGUAUAUGCUUAGUAAUUUGUGUUCAUGUGGAAUGGUUCCUGCUUUUUGAUAUAGAACAAACUUUAGUGUCAUUAUGCAGCUUUGUUCUAAGCAAUGCUAUCAAAGGCCCAAAAUUAUCAGAGUGCAAUUAUAAAAAUGUUUUUUAAGAUCUAAAAUUUGUAAGGUAGAGAAAGUAAGUUGGCAAUUAAAUUGUGCCAGCACAGGUUUUACAAGGCGUAUGUUGGAGCCUGUUACAUGCAGUGGGAUAUAGGGGUGAACAGAUGUUAUAUGCUGUCUUGUCACCUUUAAAGUUAUGUAUUCCUUUUUAACACAGCAUGUUCCCCUCACUGUACUUUCUUCCUGUAGACAACAUUUUUGUGGGGAAAGGAAAAGACUUUUAAGGAGCCAAAUUUCCCAAGAUGUUCCAAAGUUCAGGUUGGAAGUUCACACGUUCCCAUUUUAAGCAUUUUAGAAAUAAAGAAGAUACAAUAUGCUGUAAUUCUUGCUAACAUGAGUAUAAACAUGGAAAACAACACAGAGCAUAUUCAUACAUAUAUACAAGAACAAAUGGGUGCCUUGCUUUUCAUUACUCUUUCUUGCCUGGCUAAUCUUCAUUUUCUGAACAAAGCUACUUACAGAUACUGCAGCUGUAAUUUUUCAUGAUGGAACAUUAGCAUUUAAUCUUGAUGAAACAGGGUUUCCUUGAUUACAUUUGACAUACCAUAAACCACUUCAGCAGAUUGGGAUUUGACAGAGAAUCACCUCCCAUGGAUUAUAUUUUUGACAAAUAUGUCCCUACCAAGUGUUCCUCGGGGAUAUGGAAGGUCUCCAAUACUUGGGAAAGGUAAUAAUUCUAGUUUUAACUGUACAGUGACUGCAUGUCAUCUUGUACAAUGAAAAAGAAAUGACAAAUACAGAAGUCUUUGGCAGAAAGUGGUACAGGGUAUAAAAUGUUAGAUUUUAGUUAUGUUGAUUAAUACUCCAUUUAAAAUACAGAAUACGCUUUAGUUAGUAAAUGUUUAAAUAAUAUACUGAAACAGACAAAAGAUGCUGUUGAAAGAAGAUCUCCAAACUGAUGUGCUGGCAAAUGCAAAGUACUGGUGAGCUGUAGAAGAUUAAACCAUUUUGCAAUGCUUUAGUGAUUUUCUCCAGCUUUAUGCCAUAGGAACCCCAUCUCUCCUUUUGAAAGAAAACCUGAAAGCUAUAUUUCCUAAACUGCCUGCACUACAACAGUAUAUUCGAAGGAAUUUCAUAUGCUUCUUGUGUCUGAUAAAUAGAAUUUGCAUAUUGUACUUAAGUUGUAAUCCAGUUGUUGUUGACAUUUGUUUAAUUAUUAUUAUUUUAGGGGGGGAAAUAAGCUAUACUGUAGCAUUUCAAUCGUGUAUUUAAUAUUACUAUUAGAAAUUGCUAGACCAUUGGAAGACAGCAAUGACUGUAUUGACAUUGAUUAGCAUGAUUUGGAAACUCUCUCAGCUGUUGGUUUUUGCAGUGUGACAUAAAAAGCAAAAAUGAACCGCUGUGCAGUUUGGCUUAUGUUUGCUUUAAAGUGUGUAAAGUUUUAGUUAUUUUGCAAAACUGUACUGUAUUUGGGAGUAUACAGUUAUGAAGGUAACAAUUGUUUUUCAAAGGACAGAUAUACUUACUCUUGGAUCAUAUGAUGUAUCAUCUUAAUUUGGCUUUUGUUAUGCAGAAAGUUAACACCAGCUAUUAAAAUAUAUUUUAGUAGAAAUGCUUUAAUUCCUGUUUCUUCCUCUACACUGUGAAUAUUUAAGCCUUGGUGGACUAGAGCAACAUCAUGCUGCCCAAAGUACUAACCUAUGCAAACUAGUUCACAUUUUAGUUGAUGUCACAGUGGAUGUAACAUAACAAUUUAUUUUGCAUAACAUUAAACGUCAUUCAAAUAAAAUAUUAAACCCA